UGUGCAUGCCUCUUGGCCAUAGGUUUUGUGGUCCACUCGGCACGUGCAGAAGUCGGCUGCAGACUUGGCGUCGCAUUCGAUUGCGCCGUAUGCCUCAGAGCGCUGCAGCGAAUCACUCACGCCGAUGGAGCUGUCCUCCAGCUUCUGGGAUUCCUUGGAUUCUGCAGAGGCAGACUACUUGAAGAGCUUGCUCGAGGCCGUGUCUCUGUUUCAGCUGCAGCUACGUCAAAACGAGCGCCUCAUCAGCGAAGCGAAGGAGCUGCUGGGUGAGCGCGAGGCCGCCUGCGAGCGCCUGCGCUUCGGCGCCGCGCGCGCCAAGCGCGCCGCAGCCUCCGCCGCCGCGGCGGCGGCGGCGGGGCGCCAGGAGCUGCGGCGGCUGGAGGCUUACGAGGACGUCACCUCCGAGCUGCGGGCCCUGCAGAAGCAGCGAGGGCAGGUGGAGGCGGAGGAAGCCCGAGCGGCACAGGAGCUCUCCGAGCGAGCGGCCCAGGCCCAGGCGCUCGCUGCACGCCUGGGCCCGGGCCCUGGACGGCGUGCGGGGCGAUGGGAGCACUUGGAGCUGCUGGAAGCCAGGUGUGCCGGGGACAAGCUUGCGCUACAGCAGAGCCAUGCAAAGGAGAUCUCUUCUGUGAAGCAGCAGGAGGAAGCUCGCGUGCAGGCCAUGGAAGCUGCGAAGGAGAGAGAAAGCACAAAGAUUGCUUCGGAGUAUGCUGAGGAGGCCAGCGAGCUCCGGGCCUCCGCCGCGCAGCUGGCGCAGCAGUCGGAGGACUCCGCGGCGGAGCUGGCGGCGCAGGAGCUGGCGGCCAGGCUGCGAGAGGGCGCCGCUCUGCGGGGCCUUUGUGACAAAGCCCAACAGGAGGUCGCAGAGCUCUCCUCGGAGCUGCGAGACUUCGUGGACGGGGUGGAGAACCUCGAGGAGCUGCUGGCCAACUCUGGCUCGGAAAACGAGGCGCAAGAGGACGAGUUGGCAGAGCUCCAGAGGGCGUGUCACGCCCUGGAGCGCCAAAACUGCAAAACGCAGCAGGCAGCUCUCGCCAGGCGGCCCUUCACCAAGCUGGCGGACAUCAGCUUCUCCGAGAGUCUCGGAGGCGAGGUCUCGCUGCAAGCUAUGGCGGGCGACUUGGAGGAGUCACCCCAAUCCAAUCGUGCGGCAGAGCCGACCAUCAUCGUGGUACAGGAGGCUGACCUGCCAGAACUGGUCGCGCGCCAUCCAGAGCCGGGCAAGGUGGGCCAGCCAGACGAGCUGGACAAGGCGGACCAGGUGGACAACCUGCCUGAGUCCUUCCUUCUGGAGCAUGCCAGUGGGGGCGAAAUCGCUCCCGCCGCGCUGCGGCGCGCGGUGCGGGCGCCCAGAACACCGCGGCGUUGA